AUGCGCGAGGUGUUGGAUGUGGUUAAGGCCAUGGGAACUCAGAUGUUGGCUUUCACUCAAGCAUUCACCCCAUUGGUGAAUUCUUCCGUGGGCCAGGUCACACCAGCUCAGGCCACAGCUCAGGCUACUCAAAGGGCAGCUCAGACAGCUGGGACCGCGGCUGGUGUAGCUCAAGCAGCCGCACAGGUAGCUCGGACAGCUGCAAGGACAGUUGAGGAUCGAGCUACAGUUGAGGCUGAUGUGAUGGAGAUCAAUCCGCCUGUUCGUCCAGUUAGGAGAGUGGAUUACUUGAGCUUGCUAGCUCACAUCUCCAAGCUGGGUAUGAAGCAGUUUGCUGGUAGUUUCGAUCCCAUUGAGUCAGACGAGUGGAGGAGCAGGUUAGCUCGAAACUUUAGUUCAACUCUUGGUCCAGAGGAGUACAAGAAAGACAUUGCAGUUCACUUCCUGGAAGGUGACGCACACAACUGGUGGUUGGCAUUGGACAAACGCACCAAUGGGACUAUUGAGCAUUUUUCAGACUUUGAGGUUGAGUUCAACCACAAGUACUUUCCAGCUGAAGCGUGGGACCGCCUGGAGUCUCAGUUCCUGGAUUUUUCCCAGGGACGCAUGACAGUACGUGAGUAUGAGGAGAUGUUCAACUGGCUCAGACGUUACGUAGGUAAAGAGCUGGAAGAGGAGACAGUGCAAAUACGUAGGUUUGUCCGAGGCCUAAGGGUCGAACUUCAAACCUACUGCUCGGUUGGACACUUUAAGACAGUGUCUGAGCUCGUAGAGAGAAUGGCUAUGGUAGAGACCAACCUGGACGAGGAGGCUAAGCAAAGGUCUAGGAGCCACGCGUCCACUGGUGGUUCCGGAAGUGACCGAAAGAGGAAGAGGGACACGUCCGAGGAGGGUAAAACCUCAAGUGGUAGGCCAGAGUGUUCCAAGUGCGGAAGGCGUCAUGGAGGCGAAUGCUGGAAGGCUAUGGGAGCUUGUACUCGGUGUGGCAAGAUGGAUCAUGCCGCUCGGGACUGUCCAGGGCCGGAACAAGGCCGCAGGCAGGGCUCAAGUGGGGGUGAUACCAGGGGAUGUCACCAUUGUGGAAAG